AUGGCGGCGGCGAGGGUGCUUCUGUCAGGACGGCCGGAGUCGGUGAGCUUCGCGCAGAGCGUGUGUGGCCUACUGGGCGCCGGGCCGGGGCUCGGGCCGUGGCCCACGUACUGCGGCCUCAAGCGGGGACAACUCGUCCUCUCGGACAGGCCGUUCCCAGGCGCCUCCGCCAGGCUUCCGCUCCAGCGACCCCCUUUCUGCCCUUUUUCGGCCCUGGAUCAGCAGCCCAGGGCUCCUGGGGCCGAGCUAACCACGAAUCGAGGUGUGGAUCUGGCUGUGGCAGUCGUUCUGCAGUCCAGCGAUCAGACUGUCUUGCUGACCCGAAGGACACGCACUCUCAACGUUUCCCCCAACCUCUGGGUACCCCCAGGUGGGCACGUGGAACCUGAUGAAGAGCUGCCGGACGGAGGACUUCGAGAGCUUCGGGAGGAGAGUGGACUACAGCUGCCCCAGGGCCAGUUCUUUUGGGUCCCUCUGGGGUUAUGGGAGUCUGCCUACCCUCCUAGGCUGAGCUGGGGUCUCCCCAAAUACCAUCACAUCAUUCUCUAUCUACUUGUCAUUUCCCAGGAGUCACAGCAGCAGCUACAGGCCCGGAUCCAACCAAACCCAAGAGAAGUGAGUGCCCUUAUGUGGCUGGGACCAGAUGUAGCAGCUGCAGUGGCUGCCACAGAGGAUGGGACAGAGACACCCAGACAUCUUCCCCAGGACCUACCGCCUUCUGUCCUUGCAGUGGAACUAGAAGAGAAUGGAGGAGCUCGACCUCUGGUCUUGCCCACGCCCACACUGCUGCGGAUGACCCCAGCCACGGCAGAUAGCAAAGAGAGGGUCAGCACUGGGACCAAGUUUGCCCUCAGGCUCUGGCUACAGCAUCUGAGCAGUGUGACACCCCUACCGUGUGGAAGUAGAACUCACUUGGACCCAGGGCCUGCAAGGGAAGAACAGAAUGUGGGAAGGGAAGAACAGAACCAUCCCCCCACAACAAACCAGGGAUCUGGAAAGCAAAGUGCUUAA